CUUUUAACAUUUUAACUUAGCUUGGCUUUAUUAAAUCUCGCUUUGUGCUAAGUUUUAUACAAAUAAUUAGCCAUUUUUCAAUUUCAUUAGAUUAUUUAAGUAAAAACUCGCUGUAGAACUAGCCUGUGUUUUUGCUAAUGUUUUGUAUACACCAUUCCAUGAGGUCAACUGGUAAAGUCCCGGGUAAAAAUGUUUUUACAAAAAAAGUGAAGUAAAAAAACUAGAAAAAAGUCCGAAAAUAUUUAAAGCACGCAUAACUGCGGUGUACAUUCAAAUAUCCGAGCUGGGCCAACCUUUACGGUCCUGGUUUGGACUGUCCUGACUUCAGGCUGCUUCUAUUUGAACUUACAUUCACUACAGAGUGAAAAGACCGUAAACGUCAUUUUAAAAAAGUCAUUGAAAAUCAAGUCUUAUUCUUCUUAAUCGAGGACUCUCCUUUCGGAUAAAGACUUUGAAUAAAAAUCAUGACUUUAUUUCCUUCAAAUAUUUCGUAGUACAAAACUCCUCCUCCUGGUGGUAGAAAUUGGGACUUUUUCUAUUUACUUUCUUAUUGUGACUUAAAUGGAUAUGUGAUCACUAGGCAUGUACCAGCAGAGCUAAUAUAAAGUUGUACAACAUGUAUCUGUGUUGAAUGUGGACUGCACUGUACUGCCCAGGAUAUAAAAAUAGUUGAUCAUGUACUUUAUCACUUGCCUACCAAACAUGAGAUAAAUUUUAAACAUGAAGCAUAGCAAGCAAAGCUAAUGUAGCAAUUGUACUAAUCAAUGUAUGUUUAAUGUACAAUGUACUAUAUACUGGAAUUUUACUGCCCAAGACAUAAAAAUGUUUUAUCGCGUACACUAAUGUCCAAAAAAUACCAUACACUGUGUCUGUGUUCAAUGUGGACUGUACUGCACUGUACUUUGGAAGAUAUGAAAAUGCUUGAUUGUGUACUUUACAAAUGCCAUGUACUGUAGUGUACAAAAUAUGUAUAACAUGAACAUUGAACAUAUGAAGCGAAGCAAGCAAAGCUAAUACAACAAUUGUAAUAAUUAAUCUUUAUUUCAUGUACAGUAUACUCUUUACAGCAGAAGGACUAAUAUAAAAUUGUACAAAAUGAAUCUGUGUUUACUGUUAACUGUACUGCACUGUUCUGCGCAGGAUAUUAAAAUGUUGUAAAUUUAUAUUUUCAGACAAAUCUUUAAAAGAGUGUAUCAUGGUUUUGGAAAUGAAAAUAUCCCCGGAAGCUGUGACGAAGGUGGAACGGUUUCUUGUAACGGAUAGUUACCGUGAACUAGCAGAGAGUGCUAUGUCGUUCAACCGACGGUUAAAUGAGGAGAGGAAAAUGAGAAUACCGUACAUAGAUGGACAGACUGGUGUUGCGCAGAAACAUUACAACGCUGAACGGAAAGCUAGAGAACGAAUGCCAGGGAGAACUCAUGGUCAAAUAUACUCCUACCCACAGAACAGGUGGAGGAAAAAGAGAUAUCAAUACCUUCAGUACUUUAUGCAGCCCAGACAUCUCAGGUUUGAGCCUGAUUGUGGUUCUCUUAAUGUUUCUAAAGUUGAACCUACCGGAGUAAUUGCGGAGGAAACCAUCCUUAAACUAGAUACGGAGAAGAACGAAGAAUGGAGUGGAAUGUAUGAAGACGACUUUCCAAUACCUGAACCUGAGGAUGAUGCACAGGAGUCAGAUUCUGAUUUUGAGUUUGACGGAGUUAGGAUAAAGAAAACUAAAGGACGGAAGAUGACGAAAACAAAGUCCACCAAACCCAAUCCAACACCGCCGAAGGUGAAAGAUCCCACGGUUCCUAAACCACCCCAGCCGAACAAGCGUAGGACGCACGCGGAUAGUAUCCCAGACUCAGAGAAACCUUUCACGUGUGAUCUUUGCUGUGCCAGAUAUAAGACUAGACCUGGACUAACCUACCACUACAACCAUACUCAUAAGGGACGAGCUGAGCCUGAAACCUACUCCUACUUCCAGGAGGAGGAGGAGGGUAUAAGUACAGGAUCUCCUUCAGCUGGAAGUGAUUCUCAGGAGGGUUCAGGAACUGGGAGAGCCAAGACGGAUCCGUUCUCUCUCCAGGUUGAGGAUGAAACUGUAGUUAGAGGAAAAUCUCCAGCGUUCCUCUCAAAGAUGGAAAAAAGUCCUAAAGUGAAAAAGGGUCCAACACCUACUCCUUUAGUAGGAUCUAAUCCUGGAUUGAAGCCUGGACCUGCCCCGUACUGUGACUUUUGCCUGGGAGAUUCAGCUCUUAAUAAAAAGACUUUAACGCCGGAGGAACUGAUUGGGUGCGCGGAGUGCGGAAGAUCAGGACAUCCAACCUGUCUUCAGUUCACAGGGAACAUGAUGGUCAGCGUUCGACAAUAUCCCUGGCAGUGUAUAGAGUGUAAGACGUGUACUCUCUGUGGAACCUCUGAGAAUGAUGACCAGCUCCUGUUUUGUGAUGAUUGUGACCGAGGUUUCCACAUGUACUGCCUUGUACCACCGAUGAAGAUUGCACCGGAGGGGUCCUGGAGCUGUCACAUCUGUAUGGAUAUCUUCCACGGAGUCAAAUAGAAAACUGGAACUGGAACUGGAACUGGAACUGGAACUGGAACUGACACUGUAACUGGAACUGGAACUGGAACUGGAACUGGAUCCGUCGGAAAUAAAUAAAGAACCGAACUUAAAAAAUUGAAACAUUCAUCUUAUAAACCUUUUAAUAUUUUGCCGCUAAAUUUCACGCCAUUCUAAUUUUCUAAAUUUUAUUUAUAAAAUGCUCAAGAAUGCAUAAAAUUUGGGAAUUUUACCUCGCUAAUUGUAGUAAAUUGUCUAGUCAGCUAAAACUAAUUGUAGAUUAUUAUUGUGAUGUGUACAGUGUUGUACACUUUUCUGUAAACUGUAUAUGCAGUAAAAGUAAAAUGUAGAAAAAGUAGGAGACUUUAGAACGACCGAGCAUUUAUUUAGCAUUUUGCAACAAAUUAAAAAAAUCAGUAAAUAAAUACAGUAAGAAGCAGAAAGCUGUAGAAUAGGAAGACGACUUUUAGACUCAAGUUAUGAUUUUUAAUAGUUCUGAAACAUUGCAACACAAAUUUUUACUUAAUCAGGGAUUUUUAAGAUGCUAAGGCAAAACUAUUUGCGUUGUAACAUUAAAUACACUUAAAUAUAGUUUUAAUGUCGUCUUCCUAUUCUGCAGUUUUCUUGUUCUCACUGUACUCUUUAGUUGUCUCUAAAGUGAACCCUACUUAUUGUUUGAUUGUAAAGACAAGCUUCCUGUUUUUGACUGUGCCAAAGAUGAUUAUAACAAUAAUAAUAAUACUUGUAAUUGGACUUCAAAGUCUUACCGAUUAUGGGUCAAAUCCAAGAAAAUACAGGUCAGGAAAUCCAUGUGUUUGUUAACAAAAAGACAUGUUAGAUUUUUUCUGGUUGCAAUAUAUAAAAAAAAUCAGGCUGGGGAGCAUUAAGUUUGUUAAUAUUUCUCACAGAAAACAGUACACAUUUGUUCAACAAAGACAUGGGGUUCCUAAAGUGUAACUUUCUAUGAUUAACCUUUUUUUGUGUCUCAGUGCAAUUUAUAAAGAUGCUAAAGUACUAAAAAUAGAUUUUUUAUGAAAAAAAUUAUCACUUUCCGUGAAAGCAUUAUAGUAUAAUAAGUGGAAUAUUAUAGUGUAAGUGGAAAAUUAUAGUAUAAUAAGUGGAAAAUUAAAGUAUAAUAAGUGAAAAUUAUAGUAUAAUAAGUGGAAAAUUAUAGUAUAAUAAGUGAAAAUUAUAGUAUAAUAACUUUAAUUAUAGUAUAUUAAGUGGAAAAUAAAAAAGAAAAAUCAUUCUAAAUAGAGAAACUUUGACAUAAUAUUAAAUGUUCUAGACGGAACAGUAAAAUUUCGUCAACAUUUAAACAUUGCAGUACGCUGAAUCUUCUAAAUUAUAAAAUGAUAUAAUAUUCUUUGAUGAAUAGAAAUGCAAAUUAAUUGCAUAUUAGAAAAGUGAGUUAAUUUCAGUAAAAAUCCAAUUACCUCCUCCUCUGUCGCAUUUGAUGGUAUCGAUCUUAAGCCCUGAUCUGAAGUUAUACAAUAUCUUUGAGUUACAAUAUUCACAUUUUAAACAUCUUAACCCAUUAGUGACAAAUAAAAAUAUCAAAAUUCA